AUGAAACUCGCGAAUCUCAACUUCACGCUUCCCGAGGGAACAACAACGCAUGGAGAUCCUCGUCUGCUCUGCUUUCCAGCGACAUGGAACAGCAUUGCUGUUUUCAUAAUCGGCAACUAUGUUGCUCACGCGGCAACUGUCAAAACGCCACCUGCGAGUACGCUCUACGCAACCAUAUGGAUCAUGUUGGGAGCGUUGCUCGUGCCGUCAACGGGCCUCGUCUUCGGCAUGUCGGCCUUCUACCAAGCCAGGAAGGGCCGCAAACAGUCAGCUCUACGAAAGGCUACUCUGGCGCGCGCCCUCUGCAUGUAUGUGAGGGCUGACGACUGGUACAAACAGGCAGCCUCUAGCAGCCGGCUUCUGAAGCUCCACGCGGCAGUGGACAACUCGGCCUUUAACGGCAAGCGGGUGAUCAAUCCAUCGUGGCGUAUAUUCCACAGCAUCUCCAGACAGGGCCGCUCCGUGCUCUGGUCACUUCCGGCGCUCUGUGGCUUAUAUUUUGGUCUUUCGUUCGACCUAACAGCCCGCCAUGUGUUUUGCAUGAUGAAGGCAGCCGACGAUAGCCGCGGACAGCAGUCUGAGGGAAUGCAUCCAGUCUCUGAAGAUGUAUCCUUGUCAGACAGCACUAUUGCUGGACGGAACAGUAUUCAGUAUCCGAUUGAGACGGCGGUGAUUUACACCACUCGAGUCUCCAAUCUAGUGAAUCCCGACUCUCAAAUAUACGGCCUCGAGAAGCAUGACGCAGUGCCGGGAUAUGUCCUGGCCUAUGUGCCUAUUGACUCAAUUGUAGACCCUCUUCCAGAACCCUGCCAUGGAUUGAAGACGCUGGAGAUGUUGACCAAAAAGCGAAACACAACGAAGAGCCUGGUUGCAUUGCUCCAGCUCUGCUUCUCUGUUUUUGUUCUUGUCCGCGCCAGGGGAGACCAGGUCGCACUGUAUGGCAUGGCAGCUUUCUCCCUCUCUGUCGCCCCGUACGCCGUCAUGGCUGUCGUCGACCUCCUUGCAAAUCUCUUCGUCCCACACUACGACUGUCUAUUCCUUGUUGAGAACGACGUGUUGAGGGAAAUAACAUCACAAUACGGCCAUCGAUAUGACGACACAGUCGGCAAAGUUCGUCAAAUAGAGACGGGAGAGCCUGUAACCCUUCAUCUGCCGGGCCAGCAAGACGGAGGUCGUAAGUGGGUUUCUGGGGUUCCUGGAUUCCUGCAAGACGCGCGAUUGCGGCUGAUUUCUCCCGAUGAAGCUAUAUCUGACGGCGUCCUACCUGACGUAUGCAUCACUGUCCAUGCAGCUCAAAAGACUGAGCGGCAUAGUAGCCGGUUUGAUAAGUCUACCUCUCUCGUCGGCGUUUUGCCCUUUGGAAUCAUCGCAAUCAUCACCAAGAUGAAACUUGAUGGCCGCAACACAACAGUGACGCAGUUGGUGGUGCAACUCAUAUGGACAAGCUACCAACAAGUGUUGGGUAUCUUGAUCGCAUCUGUUCUAUUCCUGGCGCAAGGCAAAGCGGCGGUCUCUGCAUCAAUGCUCCAACAGCUAUGGACCAAGAGCAAUCGGCUGCUUACUCCAGAAUUGUUUCGUCGGCUCGGCUUUCACGGCCGGGUGUACGGAAGCCUGCACCACUGGGCGGUUCGUUUGUCGUAUAGAACCUGGAUUUACGCCAACAUUCUGCCGCUGAGGCUACUGGCGUUGUUGCGAUACCCCUUCGCGGUCGGAGAUGCUUUCUUAACCAGCCUCUUCUUCGUAUGCUUUGUCCCGGCAAUCUGGGGACUGGUCAUUGUUGGAAUGAUGUUGAAGGAGUAUGGCAACUGCAUCCGCGUGUACUAG